GAGAGUGCUCCCCUCCACUCACCACCUCUCCCUCCUCACAAGAGCAUCGCCAUUCUCAACAACCGCACCACGUCGAUCGCCAAGGUCCGUGCCGCACAACCACAGCGUAGCUAGUAGCCAGCUAGGUUGCUGUGUUCGGGAAGCCGAGCGGGGUACGAGCCGGAGACGAUGAUGAUGAUGGGCGGUCGCGCGGGGGCCGGCGGCGUCGGGGCAGGCGGCGGCCGGUGCCCGUUCACGGCGACGCAGUGGCAGGAGCUGGAGCACCAGGCGCUCAUCUACAAGUACAUGGCCUCCGGCGUGCCCAUCCCCUCCGACCUCCUCCUCCCGCUCCGCCGCAGCUUCCUCCUCGACUCCGCCCUCGCCACCUCCCCCUCCCUCGCCUUCCCUCCCCAGGCCGCACUUGGGUGGGGUUGCUUUGGCAUGGGGUUCGGCCGGAAGGCGGAGGACCCGGAGCCGGGGCGGUGCCGGCGGACGGACGGCAAGAAGUGGCGCUGCUCCAAGGAGGCGUACCCGGACUCCAAGUACUGCGAGAAGCACAUGCACCGGGGCAAGAACCGUUCAAGAAAGCCUGUGGAAAUGUCCUUGGCCACGCCCCCGCCGCCGCCUUCCUCCUCGGCCUCCUCUUCCUCCUCCAACGUCCACUCCGCCGUCAACGUCGCCACCACCACCACCUCCCCAGCGCCGUCCUACCACCGCCACGCCGCUGCCACUCACGACACGACGCCCUACCACGCCCUCUACGGCGGCCCCUACUCCUCCGCCGGCCGCCAGCAGCACGCCAGCGCCUACCACCACGCGGCGCAGGUCAGCCCGUUCCACCUGCACCUCGACACCACCCACCCGCACCCGCCGCCGUCCUACUACUCCACCAUGGACCACAGCAAGGACAGCUACGCCUACGGGCACAGCGUCAAGGAGGUGCACGGCGGCGGCGAGCACGCCUUCUUCUCCUCCGACGUCAGCACCGACAGGGACCACCACCACCAUCAGCACCAACACCACGCUAGCGCCGGCGGCAACGGCCAGUGGCAGUUCAAGCAGCUCGGCGGCAUGGAGCCCAAGCAGCACAACCCCACGUCGCUCUUCCCCGGCUACGGCAACAACGCGGCGUACGCCAUCGACCUGUCCAGCAAAGAAGAGGACGAGGAGAAGGAGAGGCGGCAGCAGCAGCAGCACUGCUUCCUGCUGGGCGCCGACCUGAGGCUCGACAAGCCGUCGUCGGGGCACGGCGACUCCGCCGACCAGAAGCCUCUCCGGCCGUUCUUCGACGAGUGGCCGCACGAGAAGACUGGCAGCAAGGGGUCGUGGAUGGGGCUCGAGGGGGAGACGCAGCUCUCCAUCUCCAUCGCCAAUGAACUCCCCAUCACCACCACCUCCCGCUACCACCAUGGUGAAUGAUCCCAAGUCCCAACGAGAAGACCAAGAACGAAGCUGCAACGAGAGACCAUCUCCACGAACACGCACGUACGGAGCGAAUCCAUUGGUCCUUUCCCGGCGUGCUACUCCAGAUGCAUGCCGCCGAGACCUGGACCAGCUACCUCGAGGCAUGCAUGCACAGUUCGAGCGCUGAAGAUCUUGAGAGGCCGGAACCUACUACGACCAUCAUUUUCAUUUCUUCUUCCUUCUCCUUCAUUUGUAAUCUUUGGUUUGGUCAGAGUGUAACAUUUCCACGACAUCCAUGGGGUGGCGAGGCUACUAUGUUAAUCAGUUGAGGUUGAGGCAAUCUGAAUCUUUUUCAUUAGGGAACCUUUUCCCUUGCACUA